AUGGAUCCCAAUUCCAAGGUGAAGAAAGGAGCCGGAGGAAGGAAGGGCGGCGGCCCGAAGAAGAAGCCGGUUGCACGGUCCGUCAAGGCCGGCCUCCAGUUCCCGGUUGGCAGGAUUGGCCGGUACCUGAAGAAGGGACGCUACGCCCAGCGCGUGGGAACCGGCGCUCCAGUUUACAUGGCCGCCGUGCUGGAGUACCUCGCGGCUGAGGUGCUGGAAUUGGCUGGGAAUGCGGCGAGGGACAACAAGAAAAGCAGGAUAAUCCCGAGGCAUCUGUUGCUUGCUGUGAGGAACGACGAGGAGCUCGGCAAGCUUCUGGCCGGAGUCACCAUAGCCAACGGCGGAGUUAUCCCCAACAUCAACCCCGUUCUUCUGCCCAAGAAAUCGGAGAAGGCUACGGAAGCUGCAAAAUCGCCCAAGAAGGCAGCCAAGUCUCCCAAGAAGGCUUGA